CCCAAACACGGGUGCGCCUGCUGCCUAGUACGACAGUUAUGCUCCCAAAUAUCGCCUAAUCAACUUCUUCUCUCGCCGAUUUAAUCGUAACGGUCAUAUAUCAUCGUGUAAUCUUCCAUAUUACAAAUUAUCCGAUCACUCCCCAAAAAAGCACUUUUGUAGAAAGCCGCCCCUCCCCAUAACCUCCCUCUCACUGUCCCCUCUCUCACUCUUUGUUUUCCUAAUUUAUUUGUCAUUUUUUGCGAUUUUUUAAUAUUUUAUCUGAGAGCUGUUGGACUCGCAGGGAUAGUCGGAGGUUUUGCUUUUAGGUCGCUGGAAUUUCGUUAACUGCGAGGGGUUAGGGUUUUUGGAGGAUGAGAUUUGAAUGGGAUUUUGAGUUUCUGAGAUGGUACCUGCUGUGUCGACGACAUUGAACCCCAAAGCCGCGUCCCAAGGAGGAGGUCGUCCUCAAAACGGCACCGUAAGGCCGCCUCUUCUGCCUUCUGAAUCCGACAAUGGCGUCGCUGUUCCUCGCCGCCUCAAAGCUCGGGAGGUCACUUCUCGGUACAUGUCCUCCUCCUCCUCUUCUUCUUCCUCAACUUGUUCAAAUUCAAGGCGGUGUCCGUCGCCGUUGCCGUCCAGAACUGGCUGCUCGACGGCGGCGACGCCGUUGUCGCAGUCUGUGAAGCGCUCGCAAUCGGUGGAGAGGAGGAGAGUUGUCACUCCUCGCCCUAAUUCUUUGGAUUUGAGGAUCGGGAAUGGUGGUGCUAGCGGCGGCGGCAUGUCCGCGGCUCAAAAGCUACUGUUCACUUCGACGAGGAGCUUAUCGGUGUCGUUUCAGGGCGAGUCCUACUCCCUCCAGGUUAGUAAAGCGAAGCCGGCGCCGUCUCCGAAUAUAAGGAAAGGCACGCCGGAGAGGAGGAAGGUCACGACGCCGUUUAGAGCGGAUCAGAGUGAGAAUUCAAAGCCGACAGAGCAGCAGCUGUGGCCUGCGAGGUUGCGGCAACCAAAUAGUAUGAGUAGGAGCCUGGAUUGCACGGAUGAGAGGAAGAGGGUGAGUGGAUCUGGGGCCAAUGUGGUUAGGGCAUUACAAAACUCGAUGGUGGAUGAUGUUGAUGGGAGAUUGAGGUCGAAUUCUUGCAAUUUAGGUUCAGUGAAAGCUACUGAGCCAGUUGAUGACGGCAAUUCAGCUACUACACAAUCUGAGCCUGUGGCUUGUUCCGAUUCUGAUAGUGUGUCUUCCGACAGUACUAAUUCAGGACUACACGAGCUUGGUAAUGUCGGUGGUGGUGGCACAAAUGGCUACGGCGGUGUUGGACAAGGGCCACGGCCUAGAGGGAUGGUGGUCCCUGCGAGGUUUUGGCAAGAGACUAACAAUAGAUUGCGCCGCCAAUCAGAGUCUAAUAAGGGUAAUGCAACAAAAAAUAUGGGUUCUCCUAAACAGAUUGAGAGCAGCAGGUUAUCUAUGGAUAGUCCAGUGUCAUCUCCUCGAGGUGUUGUGAAUAGCAGGGGGCAGUUAUCCCCCAUUCGUGGAGCUGCUCGACCUGCUUCACCAAGUAAGCUCAGCAGGUCGUUGGUGCCAUCUUCACCUAUGAGGGGAGUGAGCCCUUCCCGGGUGAGGAAUGGAGUGGUAGUUACUCCAAGUAGUAGUUUGAGCAACAUGCCUUCAGUUUUAAGUUUUGCUGCUGAUGUUCGAAGAGGCAAGGUUGGAGAGAACCGGAUAGUUGAUGCACAUGUGGUGAGGCUAUUACAUAACCGGCUCUUGCAGUGGCGUUUUGUAAAUGCUAGAGCUAAUGCCGCCCUAGCUGCACAGAGGUCCAAUGCAGAGAGAAGCCUCUAUAAUGCAUGGGUAACUAGUUCAAGACUUCGUGAAUCUGUAAGACAAAAACGGAUCGAGUUACAUCUGCUGAGGCAACAUUUGAAGCUAACUUCCAUCCUAAAGGGACAAAUGACAUAUCUGGAAGAGUUGUCACUUAUGGAUCAGGAUUACUCUGAUUCUUUGUCAGGGGCCAUCGAAGCUUUGAAAGCUAGCACACUUCGCCUUCCAGUUGUUGGUGUAGCAAGGGCUGAUGUCUACAACGUGAAGGAUGCUAUUUCUUCAGCAGUUGAUGUGAUGCAAGCAAUGGCAUCAUCAAUAUGCUUAUUGUUAUCGAAGGUUGGGGAUGUGAACUUUUUGGUGGCUGAACUUGCAAAUGUAACUGCGAAGGAGCAUGCUUUGCUUGGUCAGUGCAGAGACCUAUUGUCAACAGUUGUAGCCAUGCAGGUGGAGGAAUGUAGCCUCAGGACACAUAUUUUACAACGGAAACGCGUACCUGACAGCCUCACAACGGAAGUGUAAAGCUAAAUCGUAUUAUGACUGCCUAAACAGCUAACAUCGACCUCAGAUUCUUUUUCCUUUUGCACAGAUUUGACCUUCGAAUCCGUGAAGCCGAAGCAAAAACAAGAGAAAGUAGAUUAAAUGGGUGGCUUAUGAAAUCAGGAAAGUGCUUAAAUUAUGCCGGUUGCUAUGUUUAAGGCCCUACGCGGAAUUGAGAUGCUUACGUGCAUAUAUAGCAGGAAAUUUGUCUUGUCAAUACCAAAUUAAUUUGUGUACACACCUUUGCUUUAUCCAUAAGUCAAGAGGAAAAUAUGUGUAAAUAUGUGCAGUGAUGCUUUUAAUUUUUGUUUAAUUUAAUGGCUUUUGCAAGUUUA